AUGCACUAAGCAUUUCUGCUGCCAACCUCAGAUGUAAGAUAUGCUGAGGCAAUGUUUGAAAGACAGUGAGAUAAUGUGUGCUAACUCAUUGGAAGAAAACUACAGGAACUGACAGUUGGAGGAGGGUGAAAAACAUUCACAAAGGCUCACGCUGUCACACGCUAAACCAAAAUGCACCAGGCAACAGACUAUGCACUCCUUGGAGUCUCAGGAGGACCACCACCACCUGCACUGCCCGUCAAACAGCGCAGGAGCAAGUGUUCUUCCAGCUCAAGCUCCAUUCAGAGUCUACAGUUGAAGGUAGGGGAUCUACACUCGUCCGGACCACAGACCCCUUUGUCUCCAUUUACGGAGGUGUUCACCACACCUACUGACUGUAAUGCGGCCCACUGUCCUAUACAUCAUCGCUAUGAACAUCACCAGACGAGAUUCUUCUCAGACCAAAUUCCUCCUCCGAUACCCAAAAAGACUCUGACGAGAACCCUAUCCCUCCCAAUGGAUGCUCUAGACCCACCUUAUCAUAACCACACAAGAACCUGCAACUAUGACAAUCCCCUCUACAUGAUAAUGCCAUUCCAAGGCCCACUGAUGCUAAAAGAGGAGGACAAAGAAGAGCUACAUCAAGCUCAGUCCUUGUACCAGGUAACCUUUGAUACGCCAGAUGAACAGCUUUACGGAUUCCUCAGAAACUUCCAAAGCAUUGAGCAUGUUUCCGUGAGCAUUCAAAGGUGUCAUCUUCAGUUCCUGAGGAACACAUUACAGACCAUUGAAAUGAACAUCUUCCUAAAUGAGCAGGAUAUGGAGAUGGUGAAGACAACUCAACCUGAUGAUUUCUUAUUGUGUGGACAGCAGUGGUCUAACAGGGAUGUUUUCUACUUGGUGCGUUGUCCAAAGCUUCCUGGAAAGCUGUUUUCAGCAAAGGUUCACAGAGGGGAUUCCAUAUUAGAUUGCUCUACAUUUAUGCAGCAUCCAAACAUUGAACAAGGUGUGGUCCAUUUCCUGCAAUGCACAACUGCAGAUCAAAGUUAUGCCUCACAAUCAGAGACUGCUCAGACAACAUCAGAGUCAUCACAUGGGGGCAGCACUGAGGUUUGCCAACAGCAAACCGUUGUCUCUCUUUUGAAGAAAGGUGUCGAUGUGACUGUAGUAAGAGACUUUCCAUUGGGGACACUGGAUGACUUUGUUGAGGAUGGACAAAUCUUGCACUGGACUCAUCCUGAGGUUUAUGAAAGGAGGCUUUGUCUUCUUGUCCUCCAGUUGGUAUUAGGACUUAAGCAUUUAGGAAGUAAUAAUGUCCUUCACAGGGAACUGAAACCAGAGUGUGUCAUGUUAGUGUGGCCUAGUUUCAGACCGGUUGAAAGUAGGGAAAACCCAACAGAGAUCAAGACAAGAUGGGAUAUGAAGGAGAUGAUCUCAAUACCCAAGGAGAAACUAGAUGAGGAAAUGAAAGGUGAGACGUGUCAAAACCUUUGGAAGAAGUGGGGGACCCCUCGUGUGGUGCUGAGCAGCCAUUUUGAGGAUGAAGUCUUUCAAGUAACAACUUCCCUGGAGUUCCAGUUGGGGAACUUGCUUAAGAACUGUUUGCAUCUUACAGACAGUGGGUCAUUGAUGUGGAAAGCACCACAAUACUCUCCAUACACUCAAGGUUUGAAGUGGCUAGUCACCCAUCUAACAUCCAAGAAACCAGGGCUACAAAUGAAGGAUGUGUCAAGUGUCCUCCAGGCCUUGCUUUGGGGUCCACAAAAGCAACUUAUCCAGCAGAACCAACUAGAAAGCAUUGUGCUUCCUAAUUAUCUACUACUUAAGCAAUCUCUUUUUGUUCUCAAGCUUGCAGAGAGGGGGCUGUUUCAGGAUCACCACAGCUUGGACUGGGAAGACUAUCUCUGUCUGCAAUAUCUAUCCUUCACUAACCCAGAGACUGCACACAUUGGCCUUCACGUCUUUGAUAGGAUAGAUUAAAUAAAAAUGCAAAUGCUGUUAAUUACAUUAAUUGCCACUUGUAGAGAAGUGUAGCCCAAAGGGCUGUAAUCAUAUGGAAUCAAGUUAUCUUUGCUAUAGGGGCUAAAUGAGCAGUUUUGUUAUCUAGAAUAGAUCACCCUGUCUAACAUAUCCCUGUUGUAAUUACGUUUUAGGUCUGUACAUCAUUUUCACGUUAAUAAAACUACU